CCAGCACAGGAGAGAACCACCCAGCCCAGAAGUUCCAGGGAAGGAACUCUCCGGUCCACCAUGGAGUACCUCUCAGCUCUGAACCCCAGUGACUUACUCAGGUCAGUAUCUAAUAUAAGCUCGGAGUUUGGACGGAGGGUCUGGACCUCAGCUCCACCACCCCAGCGACCUUUCCGUGUCUGUGAUCACAAGCGGACCAUCCGGAAAGGCCUGACAGCUGCCACCCGCCAGGAGCUGCUAGCCAAAGCAUUGGAGACCCUACUGCUGAAUGGAGUGCUAACCCUGGUGCUAGAGGAGGAUGGAACUGCAGUGGACAGUGAGGACUUCUUCCAGCUGCUGGAGGAUGACACGUGCCUGAUGGUGUUGGAGUCUGGUCAGAGCUGGAGCCCUACAAGGAGUGGAGUGCUGUCAUAUGGCCUGGGACGGGAGAGGCCCAAGCACAGCAAGGACAUCGCCCGCAUCACCUUUGACGUGUACAAGCAAAACCCUCGAGACCUCUUUGGCAGCCUGAAUGUCAAAGCCACAUUCUACGGGCUCUACUCUAUGAGUUGUGACUUUCAAGGACUUGGCCCAAAGAAAGUACUCAGGGAGCUCCUUCGUUGGACCUCCACACUGCUGCAAGGCCUGGGCCAUAUGUUGCUGGGAAUUUCCUCCACCCUUCGUCAUGCAGUGGAGGGGGCUGAGCAGUGGCAGCAGAAGGGCCGCCUCCAUUCCUACUAAGGGGCUCUGAGCUUCUGCCCCCAGAAUCAUUCCAACCGACCCACUGCAAAGACUAUGACAGCAUCAAAUUUCAGGACCUGCAGACAGUACAGGCUAGAUAACUCACCCAAUUUCCCCACUGUCCUCUGAUCCCCUCGUGACAGAACCUUUCAGCAUAACGCCUCACAUCCCAAGUCUAUACCCUUACCUGAAGAAUGCUGUUCUUUCCUAGCCACCUUUCUAGCCUCCCACUUGCCCUGAAAGGCCAAGAUCAAGAUGUCCCCCAGGCAUCUUGAUCCCAGCCUGACUGCUGCUACAUCUAAUCCCCUACCAAUGCCUCCUGUCCCUAAACUCCCCAGCAUACUGAUGACAGCCCUCUCUGACUUUACCUUGAGAUCUGUCUUCAUACCCUUCCCCUCAAACUAACAAAAACAUUUCCAAUAAAAAUAUCAAAUAUUUACCACUAA